GCAGCCGGCGCUGCAGGAGAACUCUGCCCUUCCCACCGCCGCAGGCAGGAAACUCCCGCCUCCACAGGCUGGGCUUUCAUGAAUGCCUCAAACCAGCUGCGAGAGAACAGCCUUUUAGCCUGUGCAAGUGAGCUGGGAUCUUAGAGGGAUUAGCCCGUCUGACAGUUGAAUUUACAAGGACUGAAAGUCCAGGUGCUGCUUUAGGGGAAUUGGAGGACGGUACAGGAAUGGGACUGUGAGUACAUGGAGAACGUGCUCUGGGGCUGCAGCUCACCCACGCUCAGCUCCACUGACCCUUUUGCAGGGGACCAUGGGGAGCAGGUGCUGAGGUCGAGUGCUGGGCAGAAGCAGUAGUGGCCUGGUGAAGAUGGAGAAUGGCACAGGAGAUGAGCAGAACCAGACUGGGCUGCCACUAUCAAGCCAGGAGCUCAUUACAGCUGAAUACCAAGUGGUUACCAUCCUCUUGGUCCUCCUCAUCUGCGGGCUGGGCAUCGUGGGCAACGUCAUGGUGGUUUUGGUGGUCCUCAGAACCAAGCACAUGAGAACUCCCACUAACUGCUAUCUGGUGAGUCUGGCCGUGGCAGAUCUCAUGGUGCUUGUGGCUGCAGGACUACCCAACAUCACAGAAAGCCUGUAUGGAUCCUGGGUGUAUGGCUACAUUGGGUGUCUCUGCAUCACUUAUCUCCAGUACCUGGGAAUCAAUGCAUCUUCUUUUUCCAUUGCUGCCUUCACCAUUGAGAGGUACAUAGCCAUCUGCCACCCAAUCAAAGCUCAAUUCCUAUGCACUUUUUCAAGAGCCAAAAAGAUCAUUAUUUUUGUUUGGGCUUUCACCUCCAUAUACUGUAUGCUCUGGUUUUUCUUGCUAGACCUUAAUACAGUAGCCUACAAAGAGACUACUGUUGUGUCCUGUGGCUACAAGGUGUCCAGGAGUUAUUACUCUCCUAUUUACAUGAUGGACUUUGGUAUAUUUUAUGUUGUGCCAAUGGUAUUGGCAACUGUCCUCUAUGGCCUGAUUGCUAGAAUACUGUUUCUGAACCCCAUCCCUUCAGAUUCAAAAGAAAACUCUAAGACCUGGAGGAAUGUUAUGGCUCACCAAAACAAGCCUGUGAAUUCCAAGAUGACUAACAGGAGUUUCAAUAGCACUAUUGCUUCUCGAAAGCAGGUUACCAAGAUGCUGGCUGUGGUUGUGAUCCUAUUUGCAUUCCUAUGGAUGCCCUACCGCACCCUGGUUGUGGUCAAUUCCUUUCUCUCCAGACCCUUCCAAGAAAACUGGUUCCUGCUAUUUUGCAGAAUCUGUAUUUAUUUAAAUAGUGCCAUCAAUCCUGUAAUUUAUAAUCUCAUGUCCCAGAAAUUCAGAGCAGCCUUCAGGAAACUCUGCAACUACCAGCAGAAACAGGAGAAGAAACCUGCCAGUUACAGCAUGGCCCUAAAUUAUAACGUCAUCAAGGAUUCCGAUCACUUCAGCACUGAGCUAGAAGAUAUUAGCAAUACCUACCUGUCCUCUGCAAAAUUGUCCAUUGGUGAUACAUGUUUGUCAUCCAAGGCCUGAGGCCCACCUUGUUCUGAGUACGCAGCCGUAUAAGACGUUUGGAUGCUCUGUUCCCACCAACUUGUAUGAAUUGUACAGACAUUUCUGCUCACAGAAUUGCAGAAGCUGCCAUAAAUGUUUACAUACCUGCCUCUGCCCUACAAGAAAAUGCAGCGUGUUGGGGAGUGAAAAGAGUGUACUAUUGAGGAUAACUGAAUGAAGUAAUUAACACAACCUAACUUUAGGCAGGUGAGGUGGCUUCAGUAGAAUACCUAAAUCCUUCUUCCCAUUAACUGGCAGAAGAGUGGUCUGUGAUCACAGAAUGAGCAAGGCUUGCCAGAACAUAUCCAUGGGCUUAGAGCAGGGCAGUGGAUGAUACUCCCAGUGGAGGUGAGAGAGAAGGAGAGGAGCUGCUCUAAUGUGUGGCUGCACUGGCCAGUACCUGGAGGACCUGUCCAACAGCCAAAACUGCUGCUGAUAGCAGUAAUUACUGGCCAGUAACUCCCUCAUCCCACAUCAGUGCAAAUCUCAUUGCAGCCAUCAUAGCAAUCAAUAAACAGGUAUCUGAUGGCAAAGGGCACAAAAUCUUGCCUUUCUUUGGUUUAUUUUUACCUUGAGCAGCGUGAAAUAGGAAGACCAUUCAAUGAAUUUGCAGCAGGGAACAAACAAAUUAAAAAGUCAGUAGGAAGCAUUUAAAAUAUCUUAUAUUUUUCAGCAGUCAGGUUUACAGAUGUAUCACUUUAAAUGUAAGUCUCAGCUAUUACUGAAUCCUGCUGGAACUUUACAGGUAUUGAAGAAUACGCAACAGGUGUUUACCAGCUCCUUUUAUCUUGGUUCAAUACCAGUUGUGUCUAAGAGCUCUAGAGGGGAUUUAGAGCUUUAAUAUCAAUAACGUCUGGGGAAAAGAGGAAAAUUCAGAUAAAAAUGACAUUUUUAAAUUUUUUUGUCUCAAGGUUUAUCUAUUAGAAUACUUUUGGUCAUAAAGCGUCAGAAGAGAAGUUAUCAUGGCUUUUCACUUGCCAGCAUAGCCCCUUCCCUGCUCUUCCCACACAGGCCCAUGAUAAGCAGCCUGGGGCCGUAGUCUCCCUGAUAUAGCUGCAGACAAAAUAACAUGUAUUGCUUUAGCAUUGCUCUAGACCAGCUCUUGUUCUUGCUAGAAGUAUAUUUUUUCACUUCUGUGCAGCAGAAGCUCAGGAAAGUGCCUGUGUAUUCCUGUUUGUCACAAACAUUUUGCACAGCUUUUGUACGUGACAAAACCUGUAAAAAGCCUAAUUCACAGAAGCACAGAAUAGGUUGAGUUGGAAGGGACCCACAAGGAUCAUCGAGUCCCACUCCUGGCCCUGCACAGGACCAUCCCCAAAAGUCACGAACCUGUCCAGUGUGGGUGAAAGAGGUAGCCUCUACAGCAUUGUAAGGCUUUCCUAUCCAGUAUUCUUUUGCCUACAUAGCCAAUUCAAACCAUUUUCACUAACAUUCAGCUCUAUUUGCAAACUUAAAGAGAGCUAAAAGUACCCUGACAGGCCUCAGAUUUGAAUGUUAAAACCGUGAACCCUGAACCCAUGUCUGCUGCAUUCAAAGGACUCUAUUGGGCACUACGGUAAGGAGGAAGCAAACAGAUUGCCCAGAGAGGUUGUGGAGUCUCCCUCGCUGGACAUAUUUAAGAACCAUCUGGACUCAGUCCUGUGCCAUGUGCUCUGGGACGACCCUGCUUGAGCAGGGAGGUUGGACCAGAUGAUCCACUGUGGUCCCUUACGACUUUACCUGCUCUGUGAGUCUGUGAUUUUGUAAACAAUCUGUAUCCUGCUCUGUCUGCAUCCUUGCUUUAACUCCUGUUUUACCUUUGCAGAGUUCCACAGGCACUUUCUGAUGCCUUUUCCUGGUCUUAAAAUCAAGAGUCAAACGUGGUUAGAAGGGAAAAAGGGAUUUUGCCUUGGU